AAAAGUUUGUGAAAUACAUUUCCACGAAAUAAUGGGUAAAAUGGUUGAAUGUAAGAAAGCUCAGCCAAAAGAAGUUAUGUUACCUACACAAUUAGCACGUGGACGAGGCUUAGCGAGAGGGGCUUUCGUUACGGAAGAUGGUGAGGUGGUGUGGGAAGUUCCGAAUGAUAUGGUCAAUCUACAGGAUAUGUGCUAUUUACCCAGCAUUCCUGGUUUUGCUGCGUAUGGCCGAGGGAUCCCAGCCUUCAGCCCAGCUGGCUACUAUUAUCCAGGCUUCCCUGGUAUAAGUUACCUGUCAGUUCCUGGAGGAGCUGCUGAUAGAACUACUUCCCCUGCUAUAUAUGCUGAUAUCAAUUCUGCUAAUCAAGCUGCAUUAGCCGCUGCACAAAUUCAAAGAAGUGAAACAUCUCCAUUACCAAUAAGUACUUCUCCGUUACAACGAGAGUCUCUUCAGAGGAAUGCUGGAUUCGCAGCUGCAGCAGCUAUGAUGAGUAAUUUUGCUGGUCAGCCAACAUUUACUACAGCUACAUCACCACGAGGCUAUCCAGGAGCUGGUAGUCCUGGUCCUUUAGAUCUCUAUGCAGCAGCACAGGAAGGAUAUGGAUAUGUUCAGGCUACAAGUCCUCAACCUGCAGGCUUUGCUCCAAACCUUCUCGGCAGGGCCCCAUUGAUAGCUACAAGUUUUCAGAAUGGAUAUCAUUGAUUGAAAGAGACUUAGAUAGAGGAUUUAAAGGUAUUAAGUGGAUCUAUUUUAACUGGGAGAAAUUUUU